UAUUCUCCCCUCUCAGUCCGGUAGAUUGUGCAUUGGAAGCGACUCGACUGUUGCGAGAGAGUGCCAACGCAGCUACAACAAAGUAAUGUAUUUCCUGUGAUUAGUGUUGAACUUUGUGUGAUAACCAGUCUAAAGAACGUGCCAGUGAGUGAAACGAACCACCAUGUUCGACGUUUUCGGCUCUGUCAAGGGGCUGUUGAAGAUCGAUGCCGUGUGCAUCGACAACAAUGUGUUCAGACUCCAUUACAAAGCAUCUGUGGUCAUACUGGUGGCGUUCUCUUUGCUCGUGACAAGUCGGCAAUACAUAGGCGACCCCAUCGACUGCAUCGUCGACGAGAUCCCCCCAGAUGUCAUGGACACCUACUGUUGGAUCUCAGCCACUUACACGGUACCAAACAGGCUAACAGGACGCGUAGGGAUAGACAUAGUACAACCAGGUGUUGCAAGCCAUGUGGACGGUAAAGACGAGGUUAAAUACCACAAAUACUACCAGUGGGUCUGUUUCGCCCUCUUCUUCCAAGCCAUGUUGUUCUACGUGCCCAGAUACCUGUGGAAGACGUGGGAAGGGGGCAGAAUCAAGAUGCUGGUCCUUGACCUCAACGCACCAAUCGUCGAAACAAAAUGCAAAAACGAACGUAAGGGCAUCCUGGUCGAUUAUUUCCUGACCAAUCUCCACAUGCAAAAUUUCUACGCGUUCAGAUUCUUCAUAUGCGAGGUGCUGAACUUCGUGAACGUGGUAGGACAGAUCUUCUUCAUGGAUUACUUCUUGGGCGGCGAAUUCAGCACCUACGGCACCGACGUCUUGAGUUUCACCGAGAUGGACCCCGAACAAAGAGAAGACCCGAUGGCCAGAGUGUUCCCCAAGGUCACCAAGUGCACAUUCCACAAAUACGGUCCCUCCGGAUCCGUCCAGAAGUUCGACGGUCUCUGCGUACUGCCCGUCAACAUCGUCAACGAGAAAAUCUACGUUUUCUUGUGGUUCUGGUUCGUGAUACUCAGCAUCUUGUCCGGUAUUUCUCUGGUUUAUCGUCUGUGCGUCAUCAUGGCGCCCAGAUUCCGUCUUUAUCUGCUGAGGGCUAAGUGUCGCAUCGCGCCACAGAAACAGAUCGAGAUCAUUUCCGACAAUUGCGAGAUCGGGGAUUGGUUCAUCCUGUAUCAGCUGGGUAAGAACAUCGACGCCUUGAUCUUCAAGGAAGUCAUAUCCGACAUCUACAAGAAGAUGGAAGGGAAGGAAACAGUUUAGAUUGCACCAUAAGGGGGCCGUUUCCUAGUUUUAUCGAGUUUGAGUCGAUAUAACCUAUAAACAAGUGAUUUACGAACAAUUUUUUUAAAAGAGAUAUCGUAGGGCCUCCGAUUCAAGCUGAAACUGCCUUGAAACAAUCAACCUAGUGCCACAUUUCUAUAGUUAUACGUUUUAUCAUUAAAUUCCGACAGGUUUUACAUAGAACAACAUUCCAUAGCACAAAUUAAGGGACCAAUUUUAUGAUAUUAAGCAUGCGUAAGUUCUGUGAUGGCAGUAAAAAAAAGACUGUAUUAUAUUCCGUGGUUUUAAUAAAUCUUUUUGGUAAUCAAACCUAUCGAAAUAAUUAUAUCAAAGGAUAUUUACUGUGUAUAUAAUGUAGAAGUUUUUUUUUUUUAGAAAAUUUUUAUUCUCAUUUCGAACAUGUCGUUGAUAAUGCACUAAUUAACAUGAUUAACAAUAGAGUGUUGAACAAAUCUUGCUCUCUAUGAUUGUUUCGGAGAAUUUCCUCAAUUUUAUUGUAUUCCUUAUAUUUAUACUGUGAAAUUGUAUCGUUUCGAAUUUUUAGAAAUCUAGCGAUUCACCGCUGGAAUUCCGAGAAUUCACAGACGUCUGAGGUGAUUUCACUGAAGAAAUUCAAGAAUUGAUAUCAAUUCCUAAUUAGUAUGAUUUACCAAUCGUUAAAUAACAAUUCUUUUCGUAUUUGAGAGUGCAGCUUGGUAUUUCUUCAAUGAUAACCACCGGAGACAGUCGACAGAGUGUGAAAUUUUGUGAUUUUAGCGAUUAGUAUCCGAUACGAUAAUUCCAUUUUAAUUAUUUAGGUGAAUUGAAUGCUGCUGUGUUCCAAGUUUUUAUUUUUACACUGUAUUAUUCUAAGUGCCUUUUGUCAUGGAAGAUUAUGAGUAAUUUUUCGAAUUAAAGUAAGGUUAUUCUGA